UGCAGUGUCCUCUAAGGUCUCAAGUGCUUCGACGGGAAGCCUUCGUUUUGGACCUUUGGUUUGCUCCAAAGAAGAGUUUUUUUUUUUCUGCGAAUCGCCAUGUCAGGAUCUCGGAGUUGCAAUUCAUCUGACGAUGAGACAUUAGAAGUGAAACUCAAGAAGUCCGAUAAGAUCAAGAGGAUUAAAGAAUUGAUUCAGGAGACAGAAGGAGUUGGGCAAGAUUUGCAGAAGAUAUUGUUUGCAGGUACUCAGCUGAAAGACGAACAGCCGCUAGAUCACUACGGUAUCCAUGAUUUCUCCACCCUUCAGGCCUUCAUUCCUGGCCCGGAAAUGAGCAUGUAUGUCAAAUUACCAGAUGGUAAGAUCUUCGUCUGCAUAGCUAGAUGCAAUGAUACCGUGAAAAAAGUUAAGGACAGUAUUCAGUCAUGGGAAAACAUUCAGCUAGACGGUUUUAAGCUUGUCUGCAAUGGGACAAUACUGGAAGACGAGUGGUCACUUGCUGCGGCCAAUGUCAGGAGACAUUCACUUCUCAGUCUAGUUCAAUGUCCAAAAGAUACAGUAUCUGUGUCCGUACAUGUUCCGAGCGGGGAAGUCCUGAGGCUGGAUGUCAAGCCUUUGUUUACCAUCACUGAUGUCAAAGAAAUCCUCGGGGGAGUGACAGAUAUUCCCGUCAGCAAACAGAGUCUGUUCAUCGAAGGAAAGAAUCUCGAUAAUUGCAAAACACUGGCUUUCUACGAUGUCAAAGAAGAAACCAUCCUUGAACUCACGUCUUCAUUUCAGAUAUACAUUCGACAGUGUAACAGAGAAACAUUUACUAUUAACGUGACCAAGUAUUCUUCUGUCAGGGACGUGAUUGAUACCGUGAAAGAUCCUCACAUCUUUAAGCAGCACUUGUAUCAUGACGGGAUUCAGCUCGAGGAUUCAAGGACUUUGGUUUCUUACAAGAUCAGAGAACACAGUUCCUUGGAAUUGGUUCCUUCUUACCAGAUAUUUGUCAAAACCUUCUAUGGAGGAACUGUAACUCUGGAUAUAAACAAGUACGAUAAGUUGCAAGAUUUGAAGACGAAGAUUUUCUCGAAGCUGAAUCUGCCGAUUGAUCGUCAAGUUAUCUUCUUCAAGGGAAAGGUUCUCGAGGGAGAGGGCUAUUUGGUGAAAUGUAGGAUAGAAAAGCACUCCUCUCUUGAUCUGGAGCUCACCGUUGUUCGCCAAUGAUCUCCUCCAAUGGAAUUUCUCCACCCGAAACUUAUCCACAAGUCGGUAAAUCUUUUUGUGUUUUGGCUAGUUUGCCUUAUUUUAGGUAUGCUUCAUCUCUUGGAGAUGUGAAAGUUAGAGAUGAAAAUUACUUGUUCCUAGCAGCUUCUAUAUAUGAAUCUUGAAAAGAACAAUAUUUUGCAUA